UGAAGCCUGCGCCUUAAGUCUCAAUGAGCACCUGUGACACCGUCAGCCCCUCCCCUCGCCUCUCUCCAUGGAUGUAAUCUCCGACUUGCCAACAGGUAUUUGCGAGGUCCCAGACGAAGUAAUCUGUCCAGACCGCGGCGAGCUAUUGGCAGAAGAGUCAGAGCAGAGCUCCUGCAGCGCACAGUCUCUAGAAAUCCCCGUAGAAGCAUCUGCAGACAUGGGUCGUCAGGAGGCUGACUACAUGUGGAAGAAGGACACAGAAAAUAUCCAGGAGGUGUUUGACAUCAUGGAAGAGUUGGGAUCGGGGGCGUUCUCAGAGGUCUACAUGGUGAAGGAGAAGAAAACGGGAAAGAUGUUUGCCAUGAAGUGUGUGAAGAAGAAGCAGAAGAGGGACCUCAAUCUGGAGAAUGAGAUAGCCGUGUUGAGAAGAAUCAAACACGACAAUGUUGUGGGGAUGGAGGAUUUCUACGAGAGUCGGACCCAUUACUACCUUGUCAUGCAGCUUGUUGCAGGCGGUGAACUCUUUGACCGUAUUCUGGACCGGGGGGUUUACUCAGAGAAGGAUGCCAGCAGGGUGAUCCAGCAGGUGCUGCAGGCCGUCAGCUAUCUGCAUGAGAACGGCAUAGUGCAUCGAGAUCUCAAGCCGGAGAACAUCCUGUACUACAGCCAGGAUGAAAACUCCAAGAUCAUGAUCAGUGACUUUGGCCUUUCAAAGAUGGUGGACAACGGCAUCAUGUCGACAGCCUGUGGCACUCCAGGAUACGUAGCUCCUGAAGUUUUGGCUCAGAAGCCCUACAGCAAGGCAGUGGACUGCUGGUCUAUUGGAGUUAUCACCUACAUCUUACUCUGUGGAUAUCCCCCAUUUUAUGAAGAAAGUGAGACACGACUCUUCUCCAAGAUCAUGAAGGCGCAGUAUGAGUUUGACUCGCCCUUCUGGGAUGACAUAUCUGAAUCUGCUAAAGAUUUCAUCCGUAACAUGAUGCAGAAGAAUCCCAGCAUGCGCUACAGCACUGACCAAGCGCUCAGACAUCCCUGGAUUAUCGGAAAGACGGCCCGGAGCCAGGACAUCUACUAUUCUGUCAGUGUUCAGAUCCAAAAGAACUUUGCCAAGUCCAAGUGGAAGCAAGCUAUCAAUGCCGCUGUGGCCAUCAACCACAUGAAGAAGCUGCAGUUGGCUCACUCAGAGCUGGUCCUGAGACAGUCCAGCAUCCCAGACAUCAAGGUGAUCGACUUGUCCUCCCCAAUAAAAAACCGCAAACAUCUCGAUCCAGGCAAGCUUGACCCCAAGGUGGCGGAGGUCGAAGGGAACGUGCAAGGGACAAAUCACAUGUCCCUGCCCACAAGCCACACUGAGCUGAAGAGCCAUUAUCACCCACUGAAAGCAAGUCAGAGCCAGUGCGGGGCACACCACGCACCGACUAUAGCUGAGCAGGGCAAGCAUGUGUACCACUCAGAGCCCGCCAACCUUAAUGGGUACGGUAAGAACUGUAAUGGCAAGACUACGCAGACUGGAGUUUGCUCAGUCAUGUGAAGGCUACAUGAAGUUUACAUGGAAAAAAGCAUUUUACUUGGUCAGUGACUCGGCAUGCAGCUGUUUUGUGUCAGCAGCUCCCCCGAGUACCAAGAAUGAGAAGUGGCUGAUGAUCCUCUGAUAGACCUGAAUAGGUCUGUGAGGUCCACACAGGCUGUGGGACAUUUUAUUUUGGAAAGAGUGCCUAUAUGAAGCUUCCCAACAACCACAUAGAAACACACAACAGUACACACAUGUACACACACAUACUCACAUAUUCAGAUGCACAAGACUCACUUUGAUUCAAACACACAGGGUAGACUUCAGUUAAAGAGGAUAUUUCAAACAGUAUUCAGAGGGAUGUCUCGCAGAGAGAAAAGGGUAUGAUGGGCUGACUGGGCUCCAUACAUGGUGACGCAGUCCCUGACCUCCCAUGUGAUGAAGAUGUUUGAUUCAUCAGGAGCAAUUAGUGUCCAGAUUUAUAGAACCGUGGUUACAUGUUAUUAAACAAAAUAUUCACAAUGCAAUAAGAAAAAUUAUUGUAUUUCAUCAUGUGCAAAGCACCAUCCUAUAGCCAACCUGCAUUUGUAAGCACAGUAGAAUACAUAGAAAAUCUGCAUGCUUACUGCUUCAGAUAAGCCAUACUGGUAAAAUUUAUUCUUGUAAAGUUGUGUUCUGUUUUAUUUUUCUAAAGUAUUUGCUUCCUUUUUUUUAAAUAAAAAAAAAAAAACAUAAUAUAUGUUGAAAUUGACAAAUCAUUAACAGUGUAAAUGCCACAAGUAUAUAUAUCCCUAACUUGCCAACUCGUAGCUCUCACAUGCCAUCAGCCUGCUAUGAUAUAAAAUGGCAUUGUAAUGGAUGUUUCUUCACUUACUGUAAGUGGUUCAUUCUGGACAGUGUGCUUCUUGUCUCUACAGCUCUAUGUGGCUUUGUAUUGAUGCGUUCAACAGAUAUUGAUUCCUGUAUGCUCAUAAAUAAAGCCUGUGCAGAAUUUG